GGAAUCAGCUCUCUGUGCUCAUGCAGAGCAGGAAGAGUGAUGCAGAACUCAAAACUCAGAAAGUUUUUGGGCAGGAGAUGUGAAGGGGACUCUACUAAGAUAUUUAAUAGCCUGUUUUAUUCCAAGCCUUUUGAACUGCACACAAAAUUUUUUGCAUUUUGAAUUCACCAAGAAAACCACAUCUUUCUACAUUUUUGCCUUAUAGAAUUUGGGUGUCUUCCAGGCUGAAACACCUUCCUGAGCCAUCCACCAUUCUUUCUCAAUCCUUUCAGAUUCUACAAAAUGAUUUUGCGGGCGAAGAGAACGGCGGAGGGUAGGGGGGAAAGGGCGUAGACGACAAACUGUGCAGAAACCAUCCAACUUUCGCUUCUGAGCCCUUGCCAACAGCCUGGGGUAACCCUUGACCGGAGACAGAGCCCUCUUGGCAGUCCCGCCUUCCACAACCCAUCCAAGGGCAGCUGAGGGAGCGAAAGGGCAGCGCAUCAGCUUUCAAGCUAAGCCGCUCUCCUCUGAAAAAGCGACUCCACAACACGCAGUGAUGCAGUGAUUUGUUUUUUCUUUUGUUUUUUCUUUUUUUUUUUUUUUUUUCCAAGGAUAUCCUCCCCGCAGAUGAGCGGCUCUUUCCACGCGUAGUGCCAAGAUCCAUCCUUCCCUCCCCGGCCGCACACACGGCACUCACUGGGCGUGUAGCCGGGGCUCUAUGUAAUCCCCGCCGGCACAGCCCGGCCCCGCCACUGCCGCUCCGCCGGGCCCGAGGCGCUCCGGGGAUGCCGCCCGCCCCGGGGGCCGCUCAGCCGCCCGCGCCCGCCGCCGGCCCGCGGGCAGCACCGCCGCGGCGGAGCAGAAAGUGAAAGUAGCCGCGGCCGGCGGAGCCCCAUGGGAAAGGCAAAGCCCGGCCGUCCCGCCGCCGCUUCGGACAGCGCCGCGGUCCCCCCGGGCGGGCGGGCGCCGGGGGGCUGCUGAGCCCGGCCCGGCCCCUCCCGGCCCCUGCGCGGCGCUCCGCGGGCUGCGGGCGUCAUGGCCGAGGCGGCGCCGCCACCAUGACCGCGGACCCGUCGGCGCAGCUCCCCGACAGCCUCCGCACGGACCAUGUUCCAUGCCUUUUUUAGAUCUACCUUACCAGUUCUGCCACUGCUCCUUGUUCUGUCUCCAGUGAAUGCAUCUACUUGUGCAAUGGGAAAUAAAACAACAGAAAUCCGUGUGAAGUAUGAGAAUAUACUAAGUCACGACAUCAAUGAGCUGGUAAAUAUGUCUGCAGAGAAUUGUGACAGGUGCGGCAAGAAUAGAAAAUAUCAAAAUAUCAAAGUUUUUUUCUGCAAUGAUACUGAGGAAAUAGAAUCACUACAGAGCAUGGCGUGCAACAUGCUUAGAUUCUUUAAUAAGCAGAGAAUCAGCAAAGCCUUUAGACAGAAAGCAGCAUUUGUCUCAUGUGGGACAUUACAAGUUCUACAGUGUAAGUGUGAAAGACCUAAAAAAGAAAAGGUUUGCUCACGUGUAUUUCGUUUAGAAGAUACAGAGACAGGUGAACAGUCCAAAAAGAAAUGUAACCAAGAAGUUUGUGAACUGAAAGAAAAUAUAUCUAGCCUUCGAUCCUGCUGGAAUAAAUUUGAAAAAAUCAUUUCCAGGUGAUUCCAGGUGAAUCCUGCUCUUUUCUUUCAAAGUGGCAUUACUUGGUAUCUUUGCAUUUUAUAUGCAUUCUUCAAGUAAACUUGCUCGCUUAUAUGAACACUUUAUGCCAGAAUUCUGAUGGAAGGCUACUGUACCUUGUUCCCGGAGAUGACAGAAACACAAAUGGCUGAAGCAAGCUGCUGAAGUCCGAGAAGUGGAAAUAGAAGACCAGCAUUUGAAACAAAGAACUCUGCAGAAGUCUGUGUCCAACCUUUGUGCUCUGGAAACUACUCUGAAUUUCCUGAUUUUUCAAGUAACUUUAUAAUACUGUCAUUUGAAAGCAGCCACUUUACAUGUCUACUGGAAUUUACAAAAAACAUCUUGGAAUCUGCAGAUGAAGAAAAAGAGUACAAAAAAGUAGCUGGUUUCUUUAUAUCUAUGCAAAACACACCAAGGACCAAAAGUAACAAUUUACCAAAGCAGCAGAUUAUCUUGGAUAUGUUCUCCUGACACAGAAGUGUUUUUGGUGUGGGUCUGAUAGGUCUGCUAACUGAUUUGGGUUUGGAAAAACAGGGAAAAAGUUAGCUUUUUGAAAAACUUAGGAAGGAUACUGAUUUUUGAGAGAUGCAGCAUGCUUCUGUUGGCUGAAGCACAGGCAAGACUGAAUCCUGUGGAAGAAGAAAAAGAUGCCUGAAUGUGAGUUGUUCAGUUGACUGGAAACAGCACUACACUCAUUAAUUUGAUCAACCCAGAGUUAGCUGCAGGAGGAGCUAGAAUUCCUUAGCUUCAGAUUGUGAUUUCUCAUAUGCAAUUAUUUUAUGUAACAUGUUUUAAGAUGUUAGGCAAACAUGACUUAAAAUAUGUGAAUAUUGUCAGAGAAUAAUAUAUUGGCAUUUAACUAAUAAAGUGCUCAUAUUUUAUUUUGAAUAAAUAGAAGUAUUUUUAUAGUUA